ACAAGCCCAAAUUUGUCUUUUCACAAUCUUCACCACCACCUUUUUUUUCAAUUUCUUCACUCAUUUUUUCUUCUUUCGUCCUCCUUCUCUGACGCUUCACAGUAGUAAUCUCUGCACUGCACUCACCCCGAAAGAAAGAAAGAAAGAAAGAGCCAUAACAACCAAGAGAGAGAAACACAAAGAGGAGAGAGAAACUCCAAACCCUAACUACCAACAUUUUCUCCAUGGAAACUGUAACACAUUCUCGCCACCAACAAAACAAACUCUCUAUUCCGCUUCCCAAGAAAAUCACCAACGCUACUUUCUCAUCUUCCAAAACUCUCUACGACGACGUUUACGGUGGUCCGCCGAAGUUCACCGCUUCCUCCAUUUCGCCGCGGUUUGAAGACUACGGUGAGAUUUUCUCCAGCUUCCAUGCCGGACGGUCAUCUUCCAUUCCGGUUUUGGAUCUUCCGGCUGUUGACUCCGGCGAGGUUUUCUUCGACUUCCGUCGCUCUGCUUUUGACUAUGCUGAGGUCUUCGGAGGCUCCGGUGGACUGGAUUUUUGGUCCUCUCACGAGGACUUGUUUCGUGAAGGUGAAAAUGAAGAUGAAGAAGAAGACUGGACUCCAGUAGAAACCGAUUCAUUCUCUGGUGACUUGAACCAUUUUGGAAAUAAUGUAGGCGUAUCAAGUGGAGGUCUCUUACAGUCGGUUGAUGGAAAUACGGAGUUCAACAUUUCGUAUCAUAAGGUCAAUGGUACACACAAUGAAGAUACGUCAAAGGGGAAAGCUAGCGUAACUCAGCUGCACGCUGUUCCUGGUGUCACUCGUGUAGUUGAUGAAACCAUGCUCUUUCAUAGGACUGAUCCAUCCUUGCAGGUUGUGGAUGAUAUUGACCUUGAUAUGGAAUUUACUGCAGGCAAGGAAAAGAGAAACCGUCAUAAGAAAAUGACGUUGCGUCCAUGUAAUGUUACUUCUGGUGAACAGAUUCCCCGUUGUGAUCUUGAUCUGCAUGAUGGAUACAACCGAAAUGAUUCUCAUUCCAGUGAGACGUUCAUAACUGUGACUGAUGUCAGCCUCAGAACUAUACCGUCUCAAUUGCCACCCCCUUGUCGGCCACCACCUUUAUUAGAUCCAAGCAAGGGGUACAAUAGUGAAUCUCAUUCAAACAACGACUGGAUUGAUUCUGAAGAUACUCUAGGUGAUGGUUCGCCACCUUUCUUUGAUGUGGAGGUUGAUAUUAUUUCAUCUGCUUCUGUUGUAAAAGAAGCCAGAGACAGACCAGAAGCAAAAGGUAGGAGUACAAAAGAUUUGAAGGGGAGAAAGAAGAGGGGUUCUGAAAGCAACUUAAAAUCGAGUUAUGAUGUAAAAACAAAUGAAGCAAUGAUGAGUGGGAAUAUAGCUACAUUUAAUAGGUUGAAUGAUGAGGCAGUGCUGGCAACCUGUGAUCGGAGAUCUGGCAAAAUGAAAAUUUCUGCCACAGAUGAAAGGCAGAAAGCUAGGAAGGCUGCUCCAGUAAUUCUAGAACCAUUAGAAGGGGAAAGGCAUUUAAACAAGUUUGAGGAAAAACACAUGAAGGAAUCCAGGUCAUCUCAAGAAUCAGAGCAAAGUAUUGGAGUUGGGACAUGGAAAGAAGCAACUGAAUUUUUUGAAUUGGUGGGAGCGGAAGACUCUCAAAAAGUAAUUCAUCCCAUAAAUCAUACCAAGAGUUUGGUGCAAGAUGCCAGAACAUUUGAGCAUUGGAGGAAAGAAGGAGAAGCAUCCAACAUCCAAGAAGAAUACACAAAAGUAAAAGCAGUUUUAGAAAGUUGUCAGCCUGACGAAUACAAGAAGAAAUCUAAAGCAGCAAGAGGGGCUUAUGAACAGGGCAAAAACAUUAGGAGAUCUAAAUCAUCUAAUGUGGAAUUCGGGCAGAGAGAGCCUUUGAGGAAUGAAGAAUUUACUGAUUUUUUUGAGCUUGGAAAGAGUGAGAAGAUAAAAACGGCCCACCAACAAAGAAAAACUGAAAAGAAAGCAACUAAAGCCAAUCCAGUGGAAAGUGAGAUAUCAAAAGAGGCUGAUGAACAAGAACUAAGUGAAGUUCAAUUUAGCUUGAAGCUUAAAGAAAAUGAGAAGAAACUAAAACAGAAUGGAGAGCAGAAGCUGGGUGUGAAAAAUCACAAGCAGUCUCAAAUGAUGAAAGAAAAUGAAAAAAAUCAUAGAGAAGCUUUUACUUCUGAAGCAGCAAAGAGUGAGGAAACAGUCAAAGAUUCUGAGGAGCUUGAGAAAAUUAAUGGAAGAUCAAAUGAAGCUAUUAAGCUGGAGAAGCCAGAAGAAAAUGUAACUUGCAAAAGAGAAAAUGAAAUCAUCUCCAAACAACAGAUACAGAACAGAAGUGGGCUCAAAGAGUCACGUGAAAGUGAAGAAAAUGAGAUCAACCAAAAUGAUUCUUUUAUAAACAAAGUAAGUGGUGAAGACCAAAAACACGCUCAUGGGCAGGUAGAGAACGAAAAGAGGCUUAGAGAAGACUUUGAACAAGGUUUGAUCAAGACAAAAAUUGAAGAGGCAUUUGAGCGGGGGACAAAUGAGGCAUGUGUAGAAGAUAAAAGUAAAGAAAAAUUUAGAGUGGUUUCUGAUGAGUACGGAAAAGGAAAUAAGCUUGAAGAAACAAGUGAGAGCAAAGGGACUUUGAAAGUUUGGAAACAAGCUGUAGAUCUAGAAAGACGUAGUGGAAGUGUGGCUCAGAUGAAACAAGAAACUGAGAGUUUUUCAAACCAAACAUCUGACAGGGAAGGAGCUUUAGGUAUACCAAAUGAGAAUAGUCACUCCAAGCAAUCUGAGAAUAUACUCAAAGAUGCUAGUAGGAGUGAAACAGAUGAGGGGUUUGAUAUUAUUUUGGAGCCACUGGAGGUGAAUAGUGAAGGUAUCAACAUGAAGUUUGCUAAAGAAACUAAUGAGACACAGAAAGCACAGUGCGGUCAUAAUCUUCUGUCUCAUUCAUCCACCAUUCAUAAAGUAAAUAAUGAAAAACCAGGGGUAUCUCUAGAACCUGUUGCUGAUCAUGAUAUUGCAGAAGCUAGAACUGACUGCGAAAUUGGUGGAAGGAAAUUGGAAGAGGGUUGUAGGACACAAUCGGGAAAGGUGGAUUGUAGCGUGAGAGACACCGAUGAACUUUGUCUUAGUAAGAAACAGGCAUGCAGUGAGAAAGCUAAGACAGUCCCUCAAAUGGAAUUUGAUUCUAGAAGUCAAGAGAGGAAAAUUGCAAAUGAAUGGGGUGAGAAUAGAACGAUUAAACAUCAUGCAAAUCUUGCAGUAAACCAGGAAGGUAGCAGGAACCUGAAUUCAUCAAGCCAAGUAAACACAUGUGAUGAUCACAGAAGGAACACAUCAGUAGAUGAAACUGCUAUAGUUCAAGAUGCAGUAAAUGUACACAACACUUCUCAAAGGUCUCGUGUAGCCCAUUCCACCAAAAGCAAAGAAAAGUGUCUUAACGAAACUGCCGCCUUAGUAGAGAAAGAUGCCGAAAAGCUGAGAAUAGAACAAGAGUUGGAAAAAGAACGUCUCACAAAGAUAGAAGAAGAGUUAGAGAGAGAAAGGGAGAGACAGAAAGAUAGAAUGGCUGUUGACAGAGCAAUGCUGGAGGCUGAGAGGGAAAGGGAAAGAGAAAAAGAUAGGAUGGCUGUUGAUAGAGCAACUUUUGAGGCUCGUGAUAGAGCAUAUGCUGAAGCUCGCGAAAGAGCAGAAAGGGCUGCGUUUGAUAGAGCAACAGCUGAAGCUAGACAAAGAGCACUGGCUGAGGCCAGGGAAAGACUUGAAAAGGCCUGUGCUGAGGCUAGAGACAAAUCGUACUCUGAUAAGGCAACUGCAGAAGCCAGAUUGAAGGCAGAACGUGCUGCUGUAGAGAGAGCAACUGCUGAGGCUCGAGAGCGCGCAAUGGAAAAAGCGAAGGUUGAGAGAGCUGCAUUUGGGUCCAGAGAACAAUUAGAGAGAUCUGUAUCUGAUAAAUUUGGCGUUUCUUCCAGAAAUAGUGGAAGACAGGGCCCAUCCUCAGAUAUGCUGGAUUCACAGUUUCACAACUUCAGCUCUGGCACUGGUUCCAGAUAUCCAUAUUCAGUUAAUGGUGCUUCUUCUUUUUCUGAGAGAUCAGAAGAAGGUGAAUCAGCUCAGCGAUGUAGAGCUAGGACGGAGAGGUGUCGUCGAACAGCCGACCGUGCAGCAAAAGCUUUGGAAGAAAAGAACAUGCGUGACCUUGUAGCUCAGAAGGAGCAAGCUGAGAGAAGUAGAUUAGCGGAGACUCUGGAUACUGAAGUCAGGAGGUGGUCAAGUGGAAAAGAAGGAAACUUGCGUGCAUUGCUUUCAACCUUGCAAUAUAUCCUUGGGCCUGAUAGUGGGUGGCAGCCAAUCCCACUCACGGAUGUAAUUACUUCUGCUGCUGCAAAGAAAGCAUACAGGAAGGCUACCCUUUGCGUUCAUCCUGACAAAUUACAGCAACGUGGAGCAAGUAUUCAACACAAAUACAUAUGUGAAAAAGUUUUUGAUCUCUUAAAGGAUGCUUGGAGUAAAUUCAACUCGGAAGAAAGAUAGUACACCCUGUUUCUGAACCCGCCCCCUAUGCGUACUUUCUGUAAUAGUUUCUUAAAUAUUUAGUGUAAGAAAAUAUUAAUCCCACGUGAGGCAAGAGAUUAAGAAAUUCAAGUAAAUAGAUAGAGAAAGCUUUAUAUAUGACUUGGCUUGCAUUUGAAACUGCGAAAUAUUGUAAUGUUUGUGGAGACGGAUUAGUUUAGUAACACAAAAUUGUCGACAA